UUAUUUCUCUCUCUCUCUCCUUGAAGAGGAGGAGGAGGAGGAGGAGGAGGAGGGAGACAAUGGCGGGGGACGCGAGCGCGCUCUUGGAGGAGGCGGCGCGCGCGGCGGAGCGGGCGCGCGAGCUCCAGGAGGCCGCCGCCGCCCACAUCUCGCGGACGUGGACGGAAGAGGAGGCGCUCCGCAAGCGCGCGCUCGCCCUCGACUCCGACCUCCGCCGCCUCCAGAGCUCCCUCGAUUUCGCCGCCAAAAAGGGCGGCGGCGGCGACGGCGGAGGAGGAGGAGGAGGAGGAGGACUCGAUCCGAGGAUCGCGGAUAAGAUCGACGAGGAAUUGUACCGCGCGAGGUGUAUACUCAGCGAGGGGGAUGUGGCGUCGCUGCUUCCGAGCAAGGCUCAUGGACGUUUCUUGAAGAUGUUCCUUGGACCGGUGAAUGUGCGGGCGACGAGGAAGGAGGUGCAGCUCAAAGUGAAGGAAGAGUACAACAGCUAUAGGGAUAGAACCGCUUUUUUGUUUCUUCUGUUUCCAUCUGCUCUACUUCUCUUAAGGUCUUCGGUUUGGAACGGGUGCCUUCCGGCAUUGCCAGUUCAGUUAUAUCAGGCUUGGCUCUUAUUCCUCUACACAAGCUUAGCUUUGCGGGAAAACAUAUUGAGAGUAAAUGGAAGUGACAUACGUCCUUGGUGGAUAUACCAUCACUAUUGUGCCAUGUUGAUGGCGGUUAUAAGUCUUACAUGGGAGAUAAAGACACAACCUGAUUGUGCCAACAAGCAGAGAGGAGUACAGCUUUUUCUGGCGUGGGCUAUAAUGCAAGGUGUUGCAAUGCUUCUCCAAAACAGAUACCAGCGGCAAAGAUUAUAUACUCGCAUUGCUCUAGGAAAGGCGAAGAGAAUGGAUGUUGUGUGGGGAGAAACUGCUGGUGUCGAAGGGCAGUUGUGGCUGCUAUGCCCCAUUCUUUUUGUUCUGCAGGGUUUUGAGGCAUAUGUUGGAUUAUUACUGCUUCGUACAGCUCUGGACGGCGUCAGCCCUGAAUGGCAGGUCAUAGCGUGCGGCAUCUUGCUCGUGGUGAUGGCGGUGGGCAACUUCGCCAACACGGUGCAGACGCUGAUGGCGAAGUCAAGGUUCAAGGCGAAGAUGAAGAGGACCAAGAGCAAGCAGGACUUCGAUCAGUGCACGUCCCCGACGGGACCGUCGCCGACGUCAAAAUCGUCCAAAGAAGCGUGAUUUAACGAAGAGGAAUUUCCCCUUAUGGCCUUUCUGAAUCUCUUCUUCGUGGUUCUCUCUGUUGCUAAUAUAAUCAUCCUUGUAAAGCAUUAUUUUUUUGUUAUGGGUUUGCUAUUCAUAUCAUAUGUACUACAGUGAGGUAGUGGAUGGUCUCCACAUCUGGGACCGUAGUCGAUAAUAAUUUAAAUCUCUCUCUCUCUCUCUCUCUCUCUCUCUAACAAUCGCCCAACAAAUUCAUCUUUCCCUUGCGGAGGGCAAGGUUGGAUAGAACAUAGUAUUUGUAGUUUGGAUAAUUUUUUUUUAAUUUUUUUUUCUGAAAUAUUAGACGCAUAUGAAUCGCGGCCUAUCUUGUGAAGUUUACUAGAACAUUAUCGACUGAAGUGUUUCUUUUUUAUUC